AUGCUUGAAUAUGUUUUAGAAAGAAAUAUUUGCACUUAUACAGAUUUCGAUGAAGAAGACCCAUAUUCAACAGCAAUUUACGAAGAUAUUAUCAAAUACCAAAACCCGAAAGCCGUAUUUCUUCUUUUUGAAAGGGAGAAAAAUUUCAUCGUUCCAUGGUGUGCUGCAUUUCCUCAAACAAUUGAUAUACUCAAAAACGAAAAACCUCCUGAUAAAAUUGAUAAUAAGAAAAUAAAUAUUCUACAAUAUGCAUGCAUGUCACAAAAUUCCGAUAUUUUCAAAUUUUUAUUUAACUCAACUGACGAAAUUGAUGUCAAUUAUCAUGAUAUAUAUAAAAUGACUGCUCUUCAUUACGCCGCAAUGUAUAAUAAUAUGGAAGCAGUAAGGAUUCUUAUUUCUCAUAGUGCUGAUGUCAAUGCUAAAACUCUUCUUUUUCAUUUCAUAUCAAUCAUUAUUAUAUUGGAUUUUCUUUCAUUUCAUAUCAAUCAUUAUUAUAUUGGAUUUUCUUUCAUUUCAUAUCAAUCAUUAUUAUAUUGGAUUUUCUUUCAUUUCAUAUCAAUCAUUAUUAUAUAG